GAGUAAAAUCUCUGUUCUGCCGCUGUUCCAGCUCACCUGCGGCGGCGGGUCUGCGUCAGGGCUCGCCUCUGAGCCCUCUCUUGUUUUCUGUGGUGUGAUGGACAGAUCAGGAGUCUCCUUUUGACUAUGAUGUUUGCAGGUAACAUUCUGAUCUGUAAUGACUGUAGGGGGCUGGUGUACGACGAAAUAGAGCGGUGCGACCUGCCAUCUUGUAUGGUUUAGAGACGGCAGCAAUGAUCAGUUGAUGUUACUGAUUAUAUUUUCCGGGGAGGGGGGAGGACUCUCACCCAAUCCCCAAACAAUUCUUUUCGUUUUAGCUGUUGAACUGUCCAAGACUGUAAUCAGGUCCAGUUCUUGGAGUGGAGAACUGCCUUCUAUUGGCGGGUUUGCACACCAAGGAAAAGCUUAUCCUGUUGCCAUGGCAACGCUUGUUUGAAGCAGCUCGGAAUUACGCUUCCAGAUAACUGCAAACGACAUUUGGAAGCAUGUCGCCUAAAAAGAAGAGCUCGGGCAAAAAGUCAGCCAAGGUCAAGCCUGCUGCACUCAUAGAUGGACUCACCACGGACGAGCUGUCCAAGGAGCAGAUGAUAGAGCACAUUGCCAUCCUGCGAGAGCAGCUGGAUAGAGAACAGGAAGAGAGGAACUACUUCCAGCUGGAGCGAGAUAUGAUCCACUCCUUUUGGGAUGUGACCAAGAAGCAACUGAAGGAGGCCGUGGCCCAACUCAGAAAUGAAGAAAAGAAGAUUGAGGAAGAUGAGGGACGCCACCUUGUAGAGAUUAAAGUGUAUAAGCAGAAAAUGAAGCACCUGUUGCGUGAGCACAACAACACCAUGUCUGAGUUGGAAGCAGACCGUGUCACAACUGCUGAGGUGAGAGAGAAAGAACAAGCCCAGCUGGAGAGGGAGCUUCAUAAAAGGACGGCAGCCAUCAGGAAUGACAUACACCAGCUCGACAUUGAAAAUCUUGUCAGUGAGCUGGAGAAGGGACACAAUGAAGAAGUGGCCAAAACAAAGAAGAACUGGGAGGAUCAACUGGCAGUAGGAACAGAGGCCCACUACAAGGAAAAGCUGGAGCUGUUGCAACAGGAGCUGGUCAACAUGAGGAAAAUGGAAGUCCUCAAACAAGAGGAUCAGUGGAACAGUCACAUCAACGCUCUGACCAGAGAUCACGAUCAAAUAUUUGGUGACACACUCACUCUCCUCAAUCAAACCAUGGAACGAGAUUUGUAUCACAAUGAUUCAAUGAAGAAACAAAUAGAAGCCCUAAAGAUGAAACAAAAAGAAAAGGAGAAGAACCUGACUCGCCUUCUAGCAGAAAACGAGCAUCUCAGUAAGCUCCUCCUCGACGUGCAGCACAAAGCUGCUGAAAUUGAGAGAAAGAUGAAGAACCCGAUCCGGGAAGAGGACACCAAAGAAAAGAGAAAAGAAAAGGAGCUCCGUGAUCAGAAACAAGAAUUAGAGCAACUGAAGCAGAAAUUCAGCGAGCUUCAACGGGAACGAGACGAGCUGCGCUUGACCCUCACUCAGAAUAUUGAGCGUCUUCAGAGGGAAGAGGAUGAGAAGAAUGCAAAAAUGGAAGCGAAAGUGAGGGAUAUGACGGACAGCUUGGCAGCGACGGAGGCCAAGUUCUCCACUGUGCUCUUGGACUCUAAUGUGGACCAAACUGCACUCAAAAGCAGCAGAGACGGUGCCGAGGAUAUGAUAGACUCCAGCAAUCAAUCCAUGAAGGAUUUACAAUACAACAUCUCUCGGGCUACCAAGGCCCGUCAGGAUUUAUUCCUGAGGGAUGAGGCAAAGCAAAGAGCUCUUGGUAUCUCUGUGGAGGAACCUUGUGUGACAUAUUCCACAUUUAGGAAUAAAUAUUGGGUGUAUGAUGAAUUUUAGAUCAAAUGACUGAAUCUGUGAUAGGUGAUCUCACUUAGUCUGGUUUUGCUUGACUUGAUGAAUCGAACUAAAUUGAAUAUUACUGAACUAUCAGGUGUACUCUUUGUGCACUCGGAAGAGAAAAGGCAGUAGGGGGCAUGGAAUUGUGCAAAAUGUCUCUGUGAUAUAAAAUAAUAAGGAUUCAGGGCAAUGGUCUACAAAUUGGUGUUUCUCAGCUUUUAUUCAACCAGGUGCAUAUUUUACAUUAAUUUACAUUAUUACAAAUCUCACAACACACUCCCAAUCAAAAAUGUGACAAAAAUUAUAUUUGUAGUUAUUCAUACAAUUGUACUUUCAGAUAGAAGUGAACUGACUUACGAGUUUAUUUAUUUUUAUUUUUUUUAGAUGCAAGCAAUCGUUGGGCUUGCAAGUUUUUUUACAUUAAUUUUAUUUUUUGCUUUAUAUGCGAGGACAAACUUAAGAUUCUAUCGGUUAUUGCUUGCAGUGACUAAACCUACUUCUCAAUAAUCAGCAAGUUCGGCAGAUAGCAUUAGUAAACAAUUCUUUUAAAAAAAACGUUUCAAUCUGUUAAUUGCCACUCCCAGUUGAAGUUUCCUAUCAAACCAAACAUAAAGCAAAAAUAAUUACACAGGUAUUUUUAAAACAAUUAGUGCCUUAGUAAUUUCCCGGCUAGCUUAAUGUUAACACAUAAUGACAGACUCGAUAGACUUUCUAAUGGGUGGCAUCUAUAUCGCGGUGUUAUAACUAUUUUUAACAACAAGCAUCCGAACAUAAAAGGUGGAGCAGCACAUGUAGACAGAUAAUACAACACCACUCAAUCAUAUAUUCCAUAUCUCAUCGAAGAACUAAUAUUAGUGGCCUGCUGAGGAGCUGUAGACCGUCUCCACGUGCAAUCUGUCUGUUUAUUCUGCCCCCAGGUUUUACACGGACCACUGAAAAAGUGGGACAAUCAAAUGAUGCAGUAUGACAAAACCUCUCUCAUUGUAUUUAUUUGUAUUUACUUUUUUUUCUAAGGUACAAUAUGAUAGAGUGCUAUUUUGUCAUUAAAAAAUGGGGCAGGAGGCUGUAAUGGAUAAAUAGUGUUUCAAUUCAUUUCAAUGGGGAAAAGAGUUGAGCUCAUAGAAUGAACUAAACUCAUCUAAAGGCACCGCUGUACUGAAAUAACAAACAGCAUAUUUUCAUUUCCUUACAAAAUGACACUAUGGAGUGUGAACCUAUUCAGUGAAAUGCAAAGCUAUUAUUCUUUUGUGUGGUGAGCCACUGCUUAAUUGUACCUUUUAAGAUUAACCCCUGAUUGAUUCAUUCAUUGUCGAAGAAGUGUGUCUUUUUAUUUUUUUCUUAAUAAAGUACAAAGAACAAUGAUAA